GACAGAGACAGUGGCUGUCUACUUGGCUCCACUGUCUCCCUCUCUCACUCUCUCUCUCAAACUCAGCGCUUCGGUCUCACAUCUAGCACCGAAAACCCGACCCGAAUUGUUAUCUGGAUCCGACGAGGAAUACCAGAUUUUUGCUGCUGCUGCUUCUCUUUGUUCAGGAAAUGCGUACGGCUUCAGUUAAAUCAAGAAACCUUAUUGCUUUUGUAUUCAAUCCUUUCAUUGUUAGACUAAUAACGCUUCCUUUUCAACUUCAUGCUUCUUCUUCUUGCUGUUGUUAUUCUACUCUUACUACUACUACUACUGUUACAAGUAGUGGCAAAGAAAACUUGAAAACCCCUAAUCAGAAUCCGAAUCGCAAACAAUUCUUGAAAUCUGUGAGACAUGAGUGCAAAUCUCGGAGCUUGAGGAAUGUUGUUCAUGGCUUAGAGACCUGUUUGAUAAAAUGCUUCACUUACGCCCUUUGCCUUUCAUUGACGAUUUUAAUCACAUGUUGGGUGCCAUUGCAAGAAUGAAGCAUUACUCUGUUGUGCUUACUCUAAUUAAACGAAUGGAGUCAUUGGGUAUCGCUGCCGAUGUUUAUACUCUGAAUACUUUGAUUAAUUGCUUCUAUCAAUUGAACCGUGUUGAUUUCGGGUUCUUUGUCUUAGCAACGAUUUUGAAACUUGGCUGUCAACCAGACAAUAUAACUCUAAACUCUCUUCUCAAGGGGUUCUGUCUUCAAGGUAACAUUGCUGGAGCUGUGAGGUUGGUGGAAGAAAUGGAGAAGAAAGGGUAUGAGCGUGAUGCGAUUACUUGUGGAGCCAUACUAAAUGGUCUUUGUAAGAUUGGUAAGACUGAUAUGGCUAUUGGGUUGCUUAGGAAGAUAGAAAAAAGGUAUUUUGAACCUAAUGUGGUGUUCUAUAACACAAUUAUUGACAGUUUAUGUAAGGUUAGAUUGGUAAACGAGGCUUUGAACUUUUUAUCUGAAAUGAUUGGUAAAGGCAUUCGGCCAGAUAUUGUCACUUACACGUGCUUAAUUCAAGGUCUAUGCAGUUUUGGUCGAUGGAAAGAGGCUACUGUUUUGUUGAAUGAGAUGGCACAAAGGAAGGUCGUGCCAGAUGUGCAAACUUUUAACAUAUCGGUGGACACACUUUGCAAAGAGGGGAUGCUGAUAGAGGCGAAAGAAGUUUUUGAUGGGAUGAUUCAUAGAGGAAUUGAGCGUAACACAGUCACUUACAAUUCUUUGAUUGUUGGUUACUGUUUGCAAAACAAAAUGGAUGAUGAAAUUAAAGCCUUUAAUAUGAUGCUUGAGAGGGAUUGUUCACCUGAUUUGUUUAGUUAUAACAUAUUGAUCAAUGGAUAUUGCAAAAAUAAAAGAAUUGAUGAGGCAAUGCAUUUUUUUCAUGAAAUGUCCAACAAGGGAUUGGUUUCUGAUUUUGUGACUUAUAACACUCUUAUAGGUGGUCUUUGUCGAGUGGAGGGACCUCAAGCUGCACUAAAGCUAUUACAUAAGAUGCGGGCUUGUGGCCAACAUCCAAACCCCCAAACCUAUGCCAUCUUGUUAGAUGGUUUAUUUAAGAACAAAUAUUUUGCUGAAGCAAUUGCAUUGUUUAAAGAGAUGGAAGAGAAAAAUAUGGACCGCAAUAUUGUGAUUUACAGCAUCUUAAUUGAUUGUAUGUGCAAUGUUGGGGAAGUUAUGACUGCAAGAGAGCUCUUUUAUAGUCUUGCCACCAAAGGGUUGCAACUCGAUGUUUGGACUUACAGUAUAAUGAUCAAGGGGCUUUGCAAAGAGGGGCUUAUAAAUGAAGCAAGUGAGCUGCUUGAUAAAAUGGAAGGGAAUGGUUGUUCACCUCAUGAUUGCACAUUUAACACAAUCAUCCAAGGUUUAUUGCAACAUAAUGAGACGUCAAGGGCAAUGAAAUAUCUCCACAUAAUGGUUGAGAAGGGUUUCUCCGCAAGUGCAACCAUUGCAACCGUGUUUAUUAAUUUGUUGUCAUCUAAUCAAGCAGAUAACAACAUUCAAGAAUUGCUUAAGAAGUCUACAUGAAGGCUUUUAAGUUUUAAGUUGCUCAAAGUCAAGAACAACUUUCAUAUUUUAACCCAUCACAAGUCAAUCUAUAUUGAAGAACACAAACAUUGAAAAAUGGUCAGGCAGGUAAAAUUUUAGUAUCUGGAGACUCUAUGCUACAUUGCCCAACCUAUCAUUGUCAAAUUCUGUGUGUUAAGUAAUAGGGUCUUGCUUUAGAUUGAGAAGGAAGAUGGAAGCCUUUCUCCUUAUACAUUUACUUCAGCUUCAACAAAAUCACUUGCAAAAAAGUUAUGGGCCAAAUAGAAAUUUAUUAAGCAGUUUGGAGGUGGUAGGCAGUAUGUAAAGGCUAUGGAAAAUUAGAGAAGCUCUGCCGUAGAGUGGUUUCAUGUGUUAGCUUAGUGGUCAUUGUUGUAAGAGACUCCAUGGUGGUGCUGGUAAAUGCUUGACUCCCUUAUCAUUCCUUGAU